UCUUUUGCAUGGGACGCAUUGCCGGCUUCGUGUCAGCCGCCGAAUUCGCCGAGCUGGAUGAAAGCGAGUACCAAGAGUGCCCUGUUUAUGACCCGAAGAGCACAGUGCUCGCUGUGUGCUACACGUCGGGAAGCACAGGCAGGCCCAAGGGCGUGGAGAUGACACAUUACAACUACGUGGCCUCCUUCUAUACCACGAGUUUCGUUCUACCAUUUGGAGAGGGAGACGUGGUCCUUGGAUUGAACCCUAUAACACACCAGUCGGGCAUGCUUUACACUGUGAUAGCGAUGUUGGAUGGCGGGACCAUCAUCAUAACUUCUGCAAGUUUGAACAGUAUGGAAAUUAUGGAUGCCGUUGACAAGUACAAGGUUACGGGUGUACACUUAUUCCCAUCAAGAUUGCAAGCUCUGCUACAAGAAAUGCGUCGCACUGGUCGACAAUUGCCCAGCGUGAAGCACCUCCUCAUCACAGGGAGUGUGCUGUCGACCUCUAUAGCUGAUCGGGCGCGUAAAGCUUUCGAGAGACUGGAGUGUAUGCUGAAUAUGUAUGCCAUGACUGAGUCUUGUUCUAUUAUAACGGCUCAACCAAAGACCAUUGACGCCCGCAGAGGAGAUGACACCGGUGUUCCUAAUACUACAGUAAUGCUAAAGGUGGUCGAUUUGUGCACGGGUCAGAAGCUGGGUCCACACCAGAUAGGGGAGAUCUGCUACCACAUGGCUAGUAUGGCCCUGGGCUACUACAAACGGCCCAAAGAAACUGCUGAGCUUUUUGACGAAGAGGGCUGGUGCAAGUCAGGUGAUGCUGGAUACUACGAUGAUGAUGGUCACUUGUACAUCGUCGAGCGGCUGAAGCAACUCAUUAAGUGCAUGGGGAAUCAGGUGGUUCCUGGGGAGCUGGAAGAGCUCCUGCUUCGGGAACACUCGGCCAAUAUUGCCGAGGUAACCGUUGUUGGGCUUCCCCAUUGCGAGUAUGGAGAGGCUGCUUCGGCUGCCGUUGUGCUUUCACAAGAAGGUAGUAAGAAGAAUCCCGAGCUCCUCGCCAAGAGUAUCAAGGCUACCGUGGAAACCCAUUUCGCCGUUUACAAGCACCUACAUGGUGGCGUCUUCUUUUUGGAUUCCCUGCCAAAGACAGACAAUGCAAAAGUCAACAGACCGGCCUUGGCACGCUUUCUCGCGGCAGGUCUAGAUACAGAGAAGCCGACGCAGGUUUGAGCAUGCGGAAAGACACCGCUAACUCGUCAUUUAGGUCAGCUGCCGAAACUUCUUUACGGUUUUCUUUUUUGCUUGGUUCUGAACAAUUAUCAGUGAGGCCAGUUGGCGAAAUCAGCCUUAGUGCGCUGUACUGGGUUCUUUUGAAUA